UUUUUUUUUUUUGGUUUCGUGAGGGGUCCUAUCACAGUGUUUUUGUAGCCAUGCUCUGCGCUGGGUCCGGCGGGGCUGUCCUAGCUGACUGAGCCGCUCCGGCAGCGGUGGGUCCGGGUGCAGUGCACAGCCGGGGAAUGAGGCCUACUUGUUAAAGCUCCCCCACCACCCCACCGUCGCGAUGGCUGAUGAUCAACAACAACCUGGUCAGAAGCCUGCCUCGGGAUUAGGUUCUCUUCCAGCGCUGGUGCCAGGACUCCAAGGGCCCGAGGCCAACGCGUUGCAGUUCAAAAUAAAGAAUUCAAUUUGCAAAUCUGUACAAUCAAAAGUGGACAGUAUAUUGCAAGAUGUUGAGAAGUUUACAGACAUCGAAAAGCUCUACCUCUACCUUAAGUUGCCUUCUGGUCCCAGCAGUGGCAGUGAUAAAAGUUUCCCCAUAUCUAUUCAUCACCCCGACCCCCAAAUUCUGCCCAUUUGGACUGGGAAUGAGAGGGGGUCCUCUACUGCUGGAUUAUGUGACCAGAGUUCCAUGUCGUCGAGCCGUACUCAACAGAUGUAUGCAUUCAACUGGAUACGCAAUCACCUGGAAGAGCACCCGGAGACGUCCCUCCCCAAGCAAGAGGUGUACGACGAAUACAAGAGCUACUGUGACAAUCUUGGCUACAAUCCACUGAGUGCAGCAGACUUUGGGAAGAUCAUGAAGAAUGUCUUUCCCAACAUGAAGGCUCGUCGUCUGGGCAUGAGGGGAAAAUCAAAAUAUCCUUACAAUGAAAUCAAGAUAUACUGCUACAGCGGGUUAAGAAAGAAAGCUUUCGUUCACAUGCCAUCCCUACCCAACCUGGAUCUGCAGAAAUCCGGUGACGGGUGUGAGCUGAUGGAGUCGAGCGGUCAGUCUCCCAGCGCCGAGGAUGAGAUGAGGUCCGCGGCCUGCGGGCUGGUGUGUGAGUGGGCGCAGAAGGUGCUGAGCCGUCAGUUUGACAGCGUGGAGGACCUGGCUCGCUUCCUGCUCAACAGUCACUACAUUGGUACAAAGUCCAUGGCUGCUCUCACUGUUAUGACUGGAACACCCACAGGAAUGAAGACCCCAACUCCAGCCUCUGCAUUCGUUCCCACUGCUGAGGCAAACUCUUUCCAGCCCCAAGUGAAGACCCUGGCGUCGCCCUCUGUUGACGCAAAGCAGCAACUGCAGCGCAAAAUCCAGAAGAAGCAGCAGGAGCAGAAGCUUCACUCGCCACUGCCCAGUGAGACGCAGGUGAAGCGGACGGAGGCCAGUACGCCCGGACCCACCAUCCCCUGUGGCAGUCCUGCGCUGCUGUCCCCUCAGCCAACCAUAGGAAUCGUAGUAGCGGCCGUCCCCAGCCCAGUCCCGGUACAGAGAAACAGGCAGUUGAUGACCUCACCGAGCCCUGUGGGGACAGCGGAAGGAAAAGUGUUGCCUGUAAACUUCCAGGUUGUCACUCAGUCUCUCAAACAGUCUCCCAAAACACCCCAGAAUGUCCCAGCAAGUCCCGUGGGAGACAGACUGGCACGACAUGGCACGCGGUACGCCCAAAUCCUUCCCAAGCCCUCUGCCACGAGUGCCAUAACCCUGCGCUCUCCCCCCACGCUGCUCAUCACCAACAGCCCCAUAAAGACCGUGAUGCCCUCUCCCCACGUCAGCUCUGUCAACGUGGUGAAGAUGACGGCCAUCGCUCUGGCCCCCAGCAGCAGCAGCAACAGCAGUGUGCGACCAGCCUCUGCCGGCGUGAGCGUCGCAGCUGCUUUGGACGAUUCCCAGCUGUCCCAGAGCGGGAAUUCGGCAGCUCCCCAGUCUCCUGCAGUCAAACCUGCUGCAACGUUGACCCCAACCCUCUCUGCGGACGCCAAAGGGUUGUCUGACACUGGAAGUGACAAUAAUUCCUUGUCUGGGGCAGAGAAGCAUGUUGGAGGAGCCAAAGAGGAGAAGAUGGUAAAAUUCAGAGCUGCAAGUGAGCCGAGCUUUUUUGUGAAAUGUUCCCCAGGACCAGAGAAAGGGUUGCGGACAAAGAGUGACUCCGCUUCCCCUCCCAGCUCUGCAUCUGGGACUCAGGACAGCAAUAACAGUAACUGCCAUGACAGUACUUUGUACUUGACUGUUGAUAAUCAGAACUCCAAUGGCAACACGUCGUCCAACGGCUCGUCCGCUGUUACUCUCACAUCUAAGGAUGCCUGCCUAGAUGCCAAGAGCCCCAGGAAGCGUGCAGCGGGGGAAUCCCACGUUAUUCCUGUCAAGAGGGUCUUUAUCUCCCAGCAACCGGUUGCUGUCAUUGACAAUCCCAAACCUGGGUUGAACACUGCAAUGAAGAGAAUUCCCAGACCAGGAACCCCUGCGAGACCAGAGAGUGCCCCCUGCAAAGGGAUUGCCAAACACACGGCGUUGGGGCCCAAUCAGAUCCUUGCACUUACAGACGCACCUCUCACGCACACCGAGGGAACGCAGACUGCCGCGAAACAGCAAGAUUCAAAACACGAGGACCAUUCCAUCGCUGUGGAUCCCUCUGCCGGACCAGCAGGAAGCAACGCGUCCGACCAGGCGCUGCUGCAGCAGAUCACCGGGGACCCUCGUGCCGUUACGGCCAACUCAGGACCACACGAAGCCUCUGUGAGCGAUUUAAAGAGCACAAUAUGGGAGACUCAGCAGAUACCAGCAGAACACAAACAGGCUCCCGCUGACCAGCUCUCCAUGAUGGCUCAACCGUCCGAUGCCUCGGGCCAGCUCACCCUCACGCAGAUGGUCGACUUUGCCAGUUCUCAGUCGAACAUGGACUACUUCUCGUUCAACGAUGACGAUAUGACGCAGGACAGCAUCGUGGAGGAGCUGGUCCAGAUGGAGGAGCAGAUGAAGCUGAAGGGCCUCUUUGGGAACUGUGUUGACGUGUCCGGGUUGCAGGGUCAGUCGGCCGGCGGUCAGGGCUCCAUCCUCGCCGCCCAUCAAACCAGUUCGACCUUUUACCACUCGACUCACAGCAGCACCACCCCUGUUCAGACUCCCACCCCGACUCCGACACCCACCCCGACGCCAACUCCCACUUCUGAGAUGACGCUCGCGCACAGCCUGACCCGAGAGAGCCCCUGCUCCCGAAUGGCUCCCGUCACCCCCGUAGACGGAGCAAUGGGCCGGCACACCCCAAUUAGCACGCCGCUGUCCAACUGCAGCAGCAGCGUGCCGCCAAGCCCCGUGGAGUGCAGGAAUCCUUUUGCUUUCACUCCCAUAAACUCGAGCAUCACGGGAUAUCAUGACGCGAGCAUCGUCUCCAGCAGCCCUGUCAAACCCAUGCAAAGGCCCAUGGCGACGCACCCUGACAAGGCCAAGCUGGAGUGGAUCAACAACCGUUACAACAGUAACUCUGCCGGACCUCUGUCUAACCACAGCAUCGGCAUUCUGCCGAGCUACCAAGACCUGGUGGAUGAUCAGUUUCGCAAACCUCACGCAUUUGCAAUUCCUGGCCAGUCGUUCCAGUCUCAGGCGAGGCAAGACGGCGCUCACUUUGGACGCAUUACUCCAAUUUCUCCAGUGCAGCAGCAGCAGCAAACACAGCAGCAGCAGGCAAGUGGUGUAACGACUCCCACCAAGCAGGAGAGCUUCGCCGUACCUGCACCGCUAGACAACAAGGCUUCAGCCUCUACGGCGUCCAACACUUUCCGCUGCCGCAGCGUUAGUCCCGCUGUGCGGCAGAGGAACUUCAGCGGUAAUGCCAACCCCCCGGCCACCACCACGAGCACCACAACAACGACUCGAGCCGUGGUCUCGCCCUUUAACUCCCCCAUAACCUCAGAAGUGCUCAGCAUCCUGUCCAACAGCCAGACUGUCAGCUCUGUGCACAGCAUGGUGCAGCGCAGCCAGUCCGUGCCUCUGAACAUCAUGAUGCAGAGCGAGAUGCUGCCUGUGCAGGGUCAGAGCAACACCGCCAAGAUCACCAGCGUCCUCCUCAGCAAGAUGGAAGCAGACGGAGAUGACUCCGUCCGUGGUCUGGGCAUCAACAACCUCCCCUCUAAUUACACGGCCCGCAUGAACCUCACCCAGAUUCUAGAGACGGCUCCGAGCUUCUCGGGAGGAACCGCGUCCCAGAAUCAGCUGCCCGUCAGCUCCAGCCCUGCUGCCUUCGAGCUCCAGCAGCAUGGCUACCUCACAGCUGGGGACACUCAAGCACAAGCAGGUCCCAGUGAGCAAGACCAGCACCAGCAGCAGCAGCAGCAGCUCCGAGAAGAUCCCGCGCAGACACAACCGCAGCUCCUCCUCCAGAGCACACAGCAGCAGCAGCAGGAGGCGGAGGACGAACAGCAGCAACUCGAUUUCAACAACACUGUCAAGGACUUGCUGGGCGAGGACGGACUCAAUCCCAGCUCCCAACUGGUGGGUCAGGUCGCCUCGGAGCUCAACGCAGUGGCGUCCGACUUCUCCAGCGACAUCAGACUGACCUCAGAUCUGUCCAGUAGCAUCACUGACCUUAACACGUUGGACGCCAACUUGCUGUUUGACCCCAAUCAGCAGCAGGAGCAGUACGAAGACUCGACACUGGAAGAACUAAAGAACGACCCACUUUUCCAGCAGAUAUGCAGUGAUACUGUGAAUUCUGGUUUUGAGUGGCUAGAGAGCAAAGACCAGCCUACUACCGUGGAGAUGCUGGGUUAACGUUCUCUUCUACUCUGUAUGAUUUAUGUUCUCUGUUUGUUCAGUUUGGUGCACAUGUAUAUAUCUGUUUUUAACCCAUCGUUUGUCGGAGUUUGUCUGGACUUUGGCCGUUUGUUCUGUUCAAAGUGCCAUGCUUGCCAGAGCAAUCUCCCGCCACCUUUCUUCCCUCCCUCAUCAUUUGUCAACAAUAUUUCAGUAUUUUGCUCACUUUUCUCCCUCAUCUGAGAUCUAAAAUGUUAGCAUUUCAAGAGAAGGGUGCGAACACUCUGUGGCAGCAUGCACCGACAAACAAAGAGCAGAUAUGUGCGCUUUGAAGGGUAAUCUUUAUUAAUGCAAUAUUUAUACUUUACGAACAACAAAGGAAUAGGAAAUGCUUCGCAAAUCUGGCACACGAGAGUUCACCAAAAAAAGAAAAAAGCAUAUUCUCCUUUUAACGUGUGCAGUUCAAGUUCAACCAAAUGGAGACAAUAUUGGUUAUCGUGGUAUAUGCACAUAAAAGUUGUAGUACGUUUGCCUGCCAUAUCAAAAAAAAUAUAAAAAGGGCAGCAUCUUUAGCUGCCAGGUGCUGAAUUUCUGACAUAAUCUUUAUACUUUUAUCAUAAACCAACAUCAGUGAAAAACUGAUUCAUGUGUGAAACCUCUCAAAGCCUAUACUUCUUGUACUGUUUAUUAUCUUCAAAAAAAAGGGAGAUUGUGGGUCAUUAGGGAGAAGAUGGAGAUGCAGGCCACUUUGUGGAGUAUUUAUUGAAAAAAAUCAACAACUUGGCUGCCUUAUUCCCAAAGUUUAAGGCCUUACGCCAUUGUUAGAUGAACUGUAUAUAGUAUAAUGUUAAGAUAUCCAGAGCUUCAUCCUUUCACGGCAGCUGUUACUCUCAUAUUUUAAGUUCCUUUCUCUGUUCUUGUUUUGCAUUGUUACAAGAUAGACGGGUGCUGCUCAUUCCCAUUUUUCAUACCUUUUUUUUUUUAGAUGUUUCUUGGGAAUGAAGUGGAGCUGUUGGUGGCAUUUCAUACCAGCCAUGGUACCAAUUUGUACCUGCUAGGAGGGCGUUUCCUACCCUAUUUGACAACUGAAGAGUUAAAGUGAUUUUCCAUGAUCUCCUUAUAGUUUGUAUUUGGUUAUGUAACAGCAAAAAAUACUAUUGCUUAAGCUGCGUUUCAGUAUGCCACCCUGAACCUUUUUCUACCUGGAGCCUUUUAUAUUACCCUGGCCGUAUGUGGGGUGCAGUGAAUGUUGUAAGGUGCAAAACUGUGUUUAAUGUAAAGGACGUCCAGAAUGGGUGAAAUGUAACAAUUUCAAAGUUCCUUUUGACUUCAGGAACGUUUUUCAGGACUCAGUGUUGUUUUCUGGGCCCAUUUUAAAGCAAUUUCAAAACAAUCCUUCUUGCCACGGGACUAUUUUAGUGUUUUAAUCCUUUUAAGCUACAACGCAAAGAUAAAGACAUGUAAUGAGGCACUGCUAAUGGCCAUCUGCAACAUGUUUCUCAGACUUAAAUUAUUAAUUAUCUAAGAAAUUUAAAAUUUUAUCUGACUUUGAAGUGAUUUUAGUAGAGCAGAAAUAGCUGAAAAUCAGCAGAAAUAAAAGCUCCUGAUGCUUUUAUUUUUGCAACAGGAGAGAGUCUGUCUCGCAUUCAGCUUCUGAACAGGAUCUUGGUCAACACUCCUGCAGUAGAAAGACAUUCCCACUCACAGUCAGCAUUUGUAAUGUGCAUGAACUGCACUGAUUUGGACUCUCACAUUGGAAAUGCAUUCCAGAAACGGCUUGGGUGGAAAAAAUAGUCCUAUAAAAAAUUUAUUCUGGGAGAAAACAAUCAGAAUGCUCCUUUAAAGUCUGACUGCCCAUUUGGUUUUGUGACUGUAUUAAAUUCUAUCUUCCAGCAGGAGGUUGUUGGAAGUAAACUCUUCUUAGCCCACUUCUCUCCAGAAUUUAAUUUCCUGGGCCCUUUCAUAUCUGUUUGUAGCAUACAUUUUGACAGCAUGAUGGAAAUCCGUGCUGUUUAUGUAAAUUAUGUGCACACUAAUAAGUGGAUAAAAUGCUUGGAGAAUAAAAAUAAAAAAAUCAGAAAUGUUUAGGAAUCUCUCACCACGCAGCUCCACCAUGAAUUUUCACCAAAAGGGCCGUUUUCUGGGGUGAAUUUCUACCGUGGCGGUUGGAUUUGGUUCUGGUUCCUGAAGAGGAAAUGAUGAGGGUUAAAAAAUGGUCCCAGAAAACUGUGCUGUUCCUGGAAAAGGUUGCUGUAUUUGAAACAAACCUUUAGUCAUUUCAGUUCGAUCAGGGUUCAUGUUUGUUGCCAUGUUUCAUAAGCGUCAUCUGGUCCAAACAGGAAUCAGAAAUAAAGUAAAUGGGAAUAGGCUGAGAUUUCUACGAGCAUUUCCAUAAUUCAUUAAAAAAAAAACCUUCACUAGCAACAAAAAUGAACGAAUAUGCAAAGAUUUACGUGUGGACUGGUUUGUUUACGGGUGCGAAACAGUAGAAAGAAGCGAUGAAUCGGCAACUGGUGGGUUUGAACCGAAGAACCAACUCCAUAAGGUAUUGGCUACAACCUUAUUGGUGGGAACAAAAAUUGCCACGCUGUCCUUUCAAUUGUGAGAUGUUUUUAGUUUUUUUAUUUUUGCACUCCCAGGCUAGAGAAUUUCAACGGCAUGGAGAAGGUUUUGCAAAACCAGGAGGACCGACAGGUUCUUGCAUGAGCUUCACGGAAAUAAUGUUUGUGCAGAUCCAGGCCUCAUUUUCAUGCCAAAGACAACCCGUUCCAAGAAUCGUAAGAGAUUAUUCCACACAGAAACACUCCGCGUUUAGCAUCCACGACACAACAGGAGAGCGGGGCAGCAUCAGAGAUUUAAGAGUUAAGGCUUAAGUUGAAUCUUCUGUACAGUUUGUAAAAUAGUGAAAUGGUCACUGUCCUAUGUUUUAUAGGUAACCAUGGACCUGAAAGCAUGUUGAAACCAUCACUGCUAGCCAGGUAGGCUCUGUGAUACAGUAGGAUGCUUGCUUCAGUUUUUUGGCUAUAUUGUCAAUGUUGUAAAAGUCAUGUUUAAGCUCCAUCUGUAAAUACAAUAGAUACAUAGAGAUUUGGUGUAUCCAGACACUAUAUUAUGGCCAUUAUCCUAGCUAAGUAUGUGCCAUUGAAAAGAAAAAAGAAGAAGCUUAACAGAUUUAUAGUUGGCAAGAUACUGUAUGUUGUGUGUUACAUUUCUGGCUCAAUGUGUCGUAACAGUAAUGCUGUCUGGUCUCGCUUGCUGAUUUUAUUUGACUAUUUUUAUUAUUAAUUUUGGUUUUUAUACUCAAAGAUAAAUAGGUCUCUGCAGUUGCAGAAGUGAUGUGUGCUGUGAGCAGGAUCAUUAGCAUGGUAUAUUAAGAAAAAAAAAGUUGUGAUACUGUUAGCUGGUUGCAGACUUCUCUGUGACAUUGUGCUCAAAGUUCGUCAGCAGACACUGGAGAAAAAAAACAACAAAAAAAAGUUUCAACAAACUUUGGAGGUUCACGUUAUUGCACUAAAUUUUUACGACACAUGGCUUUGUCACACCUUUAUGGACAAAAAUGAUAAAUUAUGAUGGGUGCCCGCUUAGAAAAAGAAUAAAAGGAAAGAAAAAUAUUUUUUAUGACAAGAUGAGUAAGGAAAAUAAGUGGAUUGUCAGAAAAUGACUAAUUGUCUUGUAGCAAAAUGUGCAUUAAUCUCAGUGAGAUACACGUUUCUUACUCGUUCUCAUACAUGAGAAUACAAAGCAUUGAGGGGGGGAAAAAAAAGCUAGAAUAACCUUUUAAAACCUACAUGCUCAUUAUGUUGAUAAAUGAUUGUAUACAUGCAUGUGUGAUGACUUCUGUUGUAUAUUCUUGGUAACCACUGUCUUCUGUGAUGUAGGCAGGUUCUGUUAACCAGACUGGCAGUGCUAGUUUCAUGAGUUACUUCACGUUUUUUUAUUAUUAUUAUUAAUAUUAUUAUUAUUAUUUUUAUUACGUGUGACUGUGCUGUUUACUAAGUUAAUGUUCUAUUUUUUCUGGAGUUUUUUCAAUUUGACAUUUUCCUAUUUUGAUAAAUGCAUUUGUGAAGAAACAUGUUUUCUCUUAAUUACCUUCUUUAACAACAUAGCACUGAUAUUUGACUUUAAAUGAAGGAAAUGCACCUCUUUAUGAUUACAGCAGCUCCAUCAAGCAGUGACUCUUGACUCUUUACCUUUUACUGACCCGACCCUGUUUGACUAUCGUGUCCGUUUCUACCAGUAGAAGAAGAAGAAAAAAAUCAACCCUCCUCUGUGUUGUUGUCUGGUGUUCUGCUUAAUGUACAGUAGCUUGUUAAUAUUGCAAACGCGUUGUUUCUUUUUCAAUGGAAAGUACUCACUGGUGAGAUUUUUAAAGUGGUUUUAAAAGCCAAUAAACUUUUUUAAAGAA